GGACCCAGCACCGCGGAUGACUCUGAACUCAACAAAACUUUUGCUGGAUCGGAGGUUAGAGUAGAAAUAAAACACCAAUAAAGUACUUCCGCGUCAUCGUUUGGACCUUGUUCGAGUUUAAAGACGUAGUUCGCGUGUAACUCGUGUUGGGUGUAUUUAAAAACAGCUCCGGGUUGAAGCGGAGCAGAGGGAACUAGCUUUCCUGGCGGAGUAGCACUAAAUCUACAGCGCAACAGACUACCGGCGCACAGUUCACCGCUGAGCUCGGAGCCAGACAGAGUGCGCUACAACUGGAGGGUUUAACUCCGGGAUGCAUCGGUGUGGCGAUUAAUGAACAACAACAUUUUAUCUUUAGCCAAGCAACGCUUUCACCUCCGCUGAGUUGGACCGUUUUGAAGAGCGGUUGUUCGCCUGGACUUUCUCGACACUGGAAGGACUUAAACUGAACUCAAGAUGUCAAUUUUGCCUUUCACUCCCCCCAUUGUAAAAAGACUUUUGGGCUGGAAGAAGGGAGAGCAGAACGGCCAGGAGGAGAAAUGGUGCGAAAAGGCGGUGAAAAGUCUCGUAAAGAAGCUGAAGAAGACGGGACAACUGGACGAGCUGGAGAAAGCCAUCACCACCCAGAAUAUCAACACCAAAUGCAUCACCAUACCGAGGUCUCUGGAUGGCCGUCUGCAAGUCUCCCACAGAAAAGGUUUGCCUCACGUCAUCUACUGCCGUCUGUGGCGCUGGCCCGACCUGCAGUCCCACCAUGAGCUGCGGGCGGUGGAGCUGUGCGAGUACGCCUUCCACACGAAGAAGGAUGAAGUGUGUGUCAACCCGUACCACUACCAGAGAGUAGAGACGCCAGUACUCCCACCAGUGCUGGUGCCCAGACACACAGAAAUCCCCAGCGAGUUCCCACCUCUGGAUGACUACAGCCAUUCAAUCCCAGAAAACACCAACUUCCCUGCUGGCAUUGAGCCCCAGAGCAACUACAUACCAGAAACGCCACCACCCGGCUACCUCAGUGAGGAUGGAGAGACCAGCGAUCACCAGAUGACCCACAGCAUGGACACAAGCUCCCCAAACCUGUCGCCUAACCCCGUUUCACCAACACAUACCAACAACUUAGACCUUCAGCCAGUGACGUACUGCGAGCCGGCCUUCUGGUGCUCUAUUUCCUACUACGAGUUGAACCAGCGAGUAGGAGAGACCUUCCACGCCUCACAGCCCUCGCUGACAGUCGACGGCUUCACGGACCCCUCCAACUCCGAGCGCUUCUGUCUGGGCCUGUUGUCCAACGUCAACCGCAACGCCGCUGUGGAGUUAACACGCAGACAUAUUGGCCGUGGUGUGCGGCUGUAUUACAUCGGAGGAGAAGUGUUUGCCGAGUGUCUCAGCGACAGUGCCAUCUUUGUCCAGAGCCCCAACUGUAACCAACGCUACGGCUGGCACCCUGCCACCGUCUGCAAGAUCCCUCCAGGAUGUAACCUGAAGAUCUUCAAUAACCAGGAGUUUGCCGCCCUGCUGGCCCAGUCAGUCAACCAGGGGUUUGAGGCUGUCUACCAACUCACCAGGAUGUGCACCAUCCGAAUGAGCUUUGUCAAGGGCUGGGGGGCCGAGUACAGGCGACAGACGGUGACCAGCACCCCCUGCUGGAUCGAGCUGCACCUGAACGGCCCCCUGCAGUGGCUCGACAAGGUGCUCACACAGAUGGGCUCCCCCAGCAUCCGCUGCUCCAGCGUCUCUUAGGGGAAACCUUCACCCACCCACUUCCUGUCAGUGACUAAAAACACACAGACUGCAUGCAGGCACGGCUACACAAGUACGGAAACACGACGAGCCCCCCCGCUUCAUUCAGCCAAUCCUCAAUCUGUAACUUAGUCCUUCCUCCCCACCAGCUGUCAGUAGCACUUUUUAUAUACAUGUUGUUUGUGGCGAAAGGGGACAAGUGCAUUAAAGCAGUACCAUGUAAGUAUGAUCUCAACAUUUUGUCCAGAAUUAUUAUGAUGGCAAAGUAGUGCCAGAAAGGCUGAGGCAAUGGGAGGAGUUUGUUUUAUUUGUUUUCAAUUAAGAGAUUCUCAUUUCUUUCCUCUUGAUUCAAUUUCAUUUAUUUUUUAUGAUUUCUACGUUUUGUUUGUUUGUACAGAUGUUACAGUGAAUAUAAAAGAAAUGAACGUACUUUUUUUUUUUAAGCAUUAAUAAUAAUUUUGUAAAGCAUGUAUAAGAUCAUUUUAAAUGCAUUUCACUUGACUUUGUUUCUGUAUUUGGGCAUUUGAUUGGUUAUGAAGACAUUAACAAAUGUGACCCAGUGAGAUGGAUUGAAAAUGAAUAUUAUAAUAGGAAUGUUCAGCCACCAUUUGUAAACACUGUGUGAAGCAACAUACUUAACGCCUAGUACAAGCAUGUGGUUCUCAUACUGUCAUAUGUUACCCCGACAAGGCAAAAAGCACAGUGUUUAACUACAGAUUAGAGUUUCAGACAGGAACAAAUCAGUCAAGAUUCAAAUGAAGCCUACAGGAGUUACAACUCUUAAAACCCUUACGAGUACUUAAAGACUGGCAUUCAUCAAAUGUCAUCAGGAGGAUGAUGCACUUUUUAAAAAUGUUAAUAUUCUAGCAAAGCAAUGUCGGCAAAGUACAUUCAAUGGCGGUUGCAGUUCACAGCUGCAAUAGUUCUUGUCAGAAGGUUAUAUGAAAUAUAUCCUGCAUUGAUUUCAGGAAGCUUUGCCAAUUUGCAAAAUACUUUUGCAGUGUUCUAUUGUGUAGUAGGUAGUAUUAUGACUUGAAAACAUCUCACAUACUGUACUGUUCAGCAGACUUUUAAGUUAAAUUAUUAAUUGAGCACACAAAAUGUAGUUUGAAUACUUGUGUGUGUGUGUGUGUGUGUGUGUG